ACCAGGAACUUCAUUGCUACUUCUCCUCAGACUUUCCCCGUCCCCUAGUCAGGCAUCAUACCUUUUACUCACUUCUCACCUCUCCACUAGUCAAGAAUCAAAACUGCACUAGUCAAGCAUCACACUUCUCAGACUUCACAUCUCCCCAUGUCUAUUAUCCCCCUCCUUCUCAAUUCUCACCCCUCCCUUGGUCAGGUAUCAAUCCUGGACAUGUUAAAUGUCACCCCUCCUUCUCACCUCUCCCCUGGUCAAAUAUCAACCAUGCACUAGUGAAACGUCACCCUUCAACGUAUUUCUUUCACACUCAAUGAGUUACAAGUGACCUAAACGACAGGCUACUCUGGCUGCAUUCACACCUAAUUCUGAUCUUUUGUCAAAACAGAUGAUUUGACGGGCCCAAAGACGAAAGAUUGGAUUAGAACUGGGCUGCCUGUGUUAAUGCAACCUUUUGGAAAAUGAGGUUCAACAGAUCCAGUUUGAGCCUCCAGAGUUUGAGAUGGACCAGCAGGUUAUGGUGCCUGGUCAGGCCGAACAUGGACUGCUUCUGCGGAGCCAGCUGGAGAGGAUGUGGAGGGCUAGGGAGCUGACUGACGUGGUUCUUCUGGCCGACGGCAUUCCCUUCCCCUGCCACCGGGUGGUGCUAUCCGCCUUCAGCCCUUACUUCCACGCCAUGUUUACCUGUGGUCUGAAAGAGACCCGUGGAGGGGAGGUGCCUCUCAGGGACACGCCUGCCCAGAGCCUUAAGCUGAUCUUGGGGUACAUGUACUGCUCCUAUCUGCCUCUCACCCACGAAAACAUCCAGGGUGUGGCCGCUGCUGCCUUCCUGCUGCACAUAGACGGGGCAUUCAGAUUGUGCCAGAGCUACAUGGUGGAAAGCAUGGACACUUCCAACUGUGUAGGACUGUACCACUGGGCCAGAAAUCUUGGGGCCACUGACCUGGCAGACCUUGCCCUGAGAUACCUGUGUCGUCACUUCACCCAGGUGUGUCAGGAGGAGGAGCUGUUGGAACUGGAUGCCCAGAGUCUGGGGUGUUUACUGGGGUCAGAUGACCUGAACGUGACCCAGGAGGAGUGUGUUCUGGAGCUGGUGCUGCGCUGGAUAGAAAGGCGCAGGGGAGACGAGCAGAGUGAGGCCCAGGCCAUCGAGCUCCUCAGACGGGUACGACUGGAGCUGAUUGACCCCAACUUCCUCCGGAAAGCCAGGAGGAGAAACCCGGUGUUGCUCCGGGAUGCCGAAUGCUUCGGGAUGAUCGAUACGGCUCUCCAGACUUCCUGUCCCUCGGUGGCAGCUGCCACCCAUCGCCCCACCCUGCGCUAUGGGAUGGCAACCACAAACUUGCUCCUCUGCCUUGGGGGUAGUGACGAGGGGGGUCUCCCAGCCCGCCGGGGGGGUCUGGCUGACCUCAGCUUCUGUUUCGCCCCCCAGGACAGAAAGUCGUACUACAUCCCCUCUCCUGUCAAGGGGGUGGGAUUGAUCACGGCGGGGGCAGUCACACAGGACAACAACAUAGUUGCUGCUGUAGAGGAGGAGGACGACAACAGGACCAAGAAACUGGCGAUAUACAGAUAUGACCAGUCAUGUGGGAGGUGGGAGGAGCUGUGUUGGGUGGGUUACAGGGACAUGUAUGCCAUGGGGGCGCUAGGCGAUGCCAUCUACCUGCUGGGGGGCCAGAUGAAGGUUAGGAACCAUUAUGUCAUCACCAGCAGCGUUGAGAGGUGGUCAAUGAAAAGGGGCGGGUCCUGGCUAAGCUUCGCCCCUCUGCCUCUCCCGGUGGCAUGUCAUUGCACGAUCAGCCUCAGAGACCGCCUCUACGUGCUGGGGGGAUGGACGCCACAGACGGACCAUCCAGACGAUGAGCCAGACCGCUUGAGUAGCCGUGUGUUCCAGUUUGACCCAGGAAAAGACAGGUGGAUGGAGUGUGAGAACAUGAGGUACUCCCGCUAUCGAUGUGGGGUCGCUGCACUCAAUGGAGAGAUCUACAUUCUAGGAGGAAUAGGAUGUGAGGGGCAGGACCGUGGCCAAUCACGUCGUUGUUUGAGCUCAGUGGAGAUCUAUAACCCAGAAGAAGACACCUGGAGGUCCGGGCCUACCCUCCCAACUCCCCUCCUCUCUCUCCGAAGCAACGCCUCUAACACUGGGGAGGUGGACGGCAAGCUGUAUCUCUGUGGCUAUUAUAAGGGGGCAGGUCGCCAUGAGGUUAUUACCAAAGAGAUCUUAGAGCUGGAUCCCAAGGACAACGUGUGGACAGUGGUGGAGCGGCGAGCCGCCAUGCAUGACAGCUAUGACGUCUGUCUGGUGGCCAACUUUAACCCGCGUGACCUUUCAACCCCCAACUCUGACCCCUGAUGGAUAAAGGACAAAACGCAACUGUUCUGAUCACUGUCGGAAAGUGGCAUAGGGCCUAGGAUCAUCCAGCAGUUUAAGCCACUGCCUCAGGUGCAUAUGUACCAGUGCACAUGUACUCCAGUAUGGGAUGGAAUUUAACCUAUGCAGCAAUGUGGGUUCUGUUCCGUCCCACUGCAAACUCCUAGAUCUGUCCCCUUUCUCCUCACGACACAUAGAGUACUAUGAGGAAGUCUUAGGCCAGAUGAGAAAAUUGUUCAAAGUCAUUCAUUUGAGCAGUUAUUGUAUAUUUGUUUGGAAUAACACUAAUUAGCAUUGAACAAAAAAAAAAACGUUAU